UUACGGACUUCUGGGUGCCAGUGGAUGCGGCAAGACUACUUUGCUCUCAUGUGUCGUUGGUGUACGGAAAUUGGACAGUGGUGACAUAUGGGUGCUCGGAGGAAAGCCUGGAACCGAAGGAUCAGGAAUUCCAGGACCGAGGGUUGGUUAUAUGCCGCAGGAAAUUUCACUGGUCAAGGAGUUUACAGUGCUGGGUGCUCUCUAUUACUUCGGCAGAAUCAACGGGCUUAAUGAUGACGUUAUUGAAGAGAGAUACGAGUUCCUCUCGGAUUUACUUCAACUUCCUCCGAAGAAUCGUCUUGUGAAGAAUAUGAGUGGCGGUCAGCAAAGAAGAGUCUCGUUCGCAGCAGCAUUGGUCCAUAAGCCGGAGUUGCUGAUUCUUGAUGAACCGACAGUGGGCCUGGAUCCUGUGCUUUGUGAGAACAUUUGGAAUUUUUUAGUGAAAAUAACGCGGGAGGAUGGCGUCACGGUUGUUAUCACCACGCACUACAUAGAAGAAGCCAAACAGGCUAAUAAGAUCGGCCUGAUGAGAUGUGGCCAAUUGCUGGCAGAAUCUACGCCAAGUCAGUUGUUGAUACGUUUCCAAUGCGACACUCUGGAAGAGGCAUUUCUGACACUCAGUCAGCAGCAGAAGGAACGUCAGGAUUUAGGAAUUACCGAUGGCUCCACAGAAAUGCUUCCGGAACUAGAAGAGAUCCACACUUCCGGCGCAACUCGGUCACCUGCAAUUCACGGUAAUACGGAUAACAACGAGAAAAAUGAAAAAGUAAUAUUAAGCACGACGGAGGACCAAACGAAUCCACGAAAAAUAAAACGUAAUACGUGGAAGAAAUUCAAAGCUCUUAUGAUUAAGAAUAUCUUGCAAUUCGCAAGGCAUCCUGGGGGAAUUCUAUUCGCCCUGAUUUUUCCGAUGAUCCAGGUGUGUGUCUUCUUUUAUUCCAUUGGAGGCGAUCCUCGUGGACUUCAGAUUGGAGUUGUAAAUGAAGAAGCUGGAAACUGUGAUUUUGGCAAUAAUGUCGGACAAGUCGUAUACAUGCCGAAUAAUUUUACUUGUGAUUUCAUCGACCUGAGUUGUCGAUUUAUACGCGAAUUCAAUGAUUCCAUCGCGGAAAAGAAAUUUUAUAACACCCAGACGGAUGCCAACGAGGCUGUGAAAAAGGGCACGAUCGUUGGAUUUAUGUAUUUUGGUGCCAAUUUUUCGCAAGCUUUGCAAAGAAGGCGGGAUUAUGAUUGGUUGAGGGAGGAGGACAUUACGGAAAAGGAAGUUUUGGAAGGUGAAAUACAAAUCUGGCUGGAUAUGGGAAACAGGCAAAUUGGCCUACACGUCAAGAAGAAACUGUUCGAUCGUUUUUUCGAAAUUUUCCAAGAUAUCAUUUCCACCUGUAAUAUAGCAAAGAAAUACGCGGAUUUACCAAUCAAGUUUGAAAAUCCUAUGUUCGGAACGAAGGAUCCAAAAUAUUCAACCUUCAUGGCGCCUGUUUUUUUAUUAACUGUAGUAUUUUUCUUGAUGACGUCUGUGUCCUCCUCGAUAAUCAUUGCGGACCGUCACGAAGGCGUAUGGGAUAGGAGUCUAGUACAAGGAGUGACGACAGUGCAGAUUCUGAUCGCUCAUAUCCUGACCCAAGGGACAGUCGUCAUCAUCCAGGUCGCCGUAUCACUGACAAUCAGUAUCGUCCAAUUCGAACUCGAAUGCAAAGGAUCGAUGAUGGCAGUAAUAUCGUUGCUAUUGCUUAUGGGCAUAUGUGGCAUGUGUUAUGGAUUCUUCAUAUCGAUCAUGUGCAGUUCUCACACAUUAGCAAAUUACAUAGCCACAGGCAGUUUCUAUCCUGUCAUUCUACUUUGUGGUUGCAUCUGGCCAGUGGAGGGUAUGCCAAGACUUCUUCGUUGGAUAAGCCUAUCACUGCCAACAACAGUACCAGGAAUAGCGUUAAGAGGAUUAUUGGAUAAAGGUUACACAAUGGAUGAACCAACGGUUUAUCAUGGUUUUCUGGUUACCCUAGGCUGGACAUUGGGUCUCUUAAUAUUAUGUGUACUCGGUCUCAGAUCUAAAACCGUAUGCUAACGAUAGGUUUUAUCGAUGAGAGAUCAAUUUAUCGAAUAGUACAGACAUGAUGAUACGUAGCAGAUAAAUAUUUCGUUGAAUCAAGAGCCAAUGGAAGUGAACGAUAAUCUUAGUGAAUGCUAUCCAAACAGGGUCUUUACAUCUUACGGUGACAAUGUCCUUUACGUUUGUCGAGUUAUUAUGACAAGAAAAAAAAAAAUUAUUAACGAAUAUCGUGAAUGUGGACACGCUAGACUUGCUUGGAAAAUUUCUGUUCGUCGUCAGAAAUCCGUGGAUGGUUUUAGUAUUUGAUUCCGGACGAAAAUUAUUGAGGAGCCGUGAAUCGAGUAUACCUAUACAUAUAAAUUAAAAAGCCGAAGAUCCAAAUGCUGUUACUCUCUAGUCAGAAAAUAUUUGUAGGCAGAUAUUGAUCGGGGCUCGAGUUUAGUUCAAUCUCUUGUAUACUCCAUUGUUUCCAAGUACGUGCUAGCACUAGUAAACUUCAUGACUUUUAUUAUUGCAAAUGCCAAUACUGCGCAUGAUUUACGUGAUUAGAUUUUUAACGACAAACGCAUCUGGUAUUGUAUAUGUCUAGAAAAUAAUACUGAGUGAGUGGGUUAGUCGAUUUUUCUCGAAACUUCAGACGAUUUAAAGAGAUUCUUCGUAAAUUGAAAUUCGCUAAAGGAAAAAAAUGGCAUAGACAACCAGUAUCCGUCCAAACUUAUUAACGAUAUAAAAUAUGUAUAUUGAUGUAAAUGUAGUUUAUCCUUCUGGCAUAUAGCAUAAAUUGCAAUAGACGUAAGCAAUGUUUUCUUUGUUCUUUUUUUUUUCUAAGGUGUAAAUACAUUGUAUAUGAAAAAUAAAUGCGAUUCCGUAUCA